CCAUCCAAGCAUGCCUCAGAAAAUAGAAAUUCCAAUUCGAGCUCCAUAGACACCAUUAGCAUUAGAGGGAGGGUGCAGCAGCAGGAUUUGAGGGUUCUCUUCUCCAAAGGCGCCGAAGUUCUUCAGCUUGGCAAGUAAGUGAUAAUCAAUGGCUUACAGGCUUCCACUGGCAGGAGUUAGGACUUCCAAUUAUGAGGCUAGAGAGCUUCCAUCAAACAGCUACCUGGAUCUGGGUGGGCCUUAUGGAAAAUUUGUGCCUUUCAUAAUCGCGGGAGAAGGGGGCUUUGGGGAGCAUAAGCAGCUCAACUGGACAAACUUGUUUUUACUGAACAAGCUUGGCAGUGACAUAGACAGGGAUCAUCAAGAGGUGAUCGAUCAGAUAAAGGCAGAGAAAGAUGUUGAAAAGAUAAAAGAGUUGAUAGAGCGACUGCCUCGUGAAAUUGCUGAGCAUUUGGAAGGCCAUGAGACCCAUGAACAGGUCGAAAUCCUGGCAGAUCUGAGCAGGAACAUGGAUCAGACGAUGUCUUAUCUCAGCAGAGAGAUCCGGCAUCUAAGGAGUGACCUGGGACAGGUGAUGCAAGGUAUCGGAGAGAUACGCGAAGCAUUGGCUAGGAUGGAGCGCCAGAAUCCUUGCUUCCGUCCAUGAACAAAUGCAACAAGCCCUGGAGCAAGUGCACCUGGCAGUUUCGUAUUUGCAUUUCGUACUUUUCUAUAUUGUGUUGUAAUGAAUAAAAUUAUGCGCUCCUUGCAGCGUAUAAUGUUGUACGAGUCUGAGUCGAUCGAGUUUUAUUAGCUACAUGUGCAUGUCUGUACUAUCUGCAGUUGGUUGUUCUUGUCAAGGGUUUGUAAUGAAUAAAAUUAUGUGCAGCUGGCUGCACAUAAUGUUGUCUAAGUCUGAUUAGAUCAAGUAGUCGUGGGGGUCCGUGCAUGUCAGCAAUUGUUCCUCUCAAGUGUGUGCAACUUUGCACUAAAGAGCUAUGUAUAUAGUGAGUGUAUUCAUGUUCUUA